ACACUGUACGCCCAGCUGCAACUGCCAUGCCAGCUUGCUUCGGCUUGCUUGCCUUUCCGACCUACCUACUGAAAGUUCAUGUGAUCAACACGAUUUUGUUUCAUUAAUAUAAAAUUUAUAUUUCUAUGUUGUGUUGUCUGUUCAAAAAUAUUAUAAAUAAAUAGCAUCGUUCAUUUUCUUUAGUAGAUAAGUGUCGUUUUCAUAUCUACGAAACAAUAUGGAAUUGUUGCAGGGUGGUGAUACUAGCGCCAUGCAGCUGCCGAUGCCGCUGCCGCAGCCGCAGCCGCCGCCCGCGCUUGACGCCGGUGAGUGCUCCUCCACGAGACACGCUAGACAUAGACAUAGAGACACAGUAACGGUGCGACACUGACGCGCAAUGCGCUGGCUGCUCGUGUUGCAGGCCGCCGGCCGCCGCCGCCGCCGCGCCCGCCGCCGCCGCCGCGUCGCCGCGUCCUUCAAUACACAGUCUCAGUGAUCAGUGUUUCUGCUUUCUGUUUCAGACUAGAUUUGUAAGUUAGGUAAUUGCUCGCUGCCCCGCCGCCCGCCGCGCGCCGCCACACACAAUGAGGCUUCCUCGCCGCGCCCAUCUACGAUCUGCGCCAGGUCGGGGAUGUGUUCACAGGUCCGGGCGCGAAAUGUUCCACAUUGCCGGCGAUUCUCGGCGGGUCUCUGCCGCGGCUGUCCUCGGAGCAGGCGGACGCGGUGUCCAGAGCCAAGAAGUACGCGAUGGAGCAGAGCAUCAAGAUGGUGCUGAUGAAGCAGACGCUGGCGCACCAGCAGCAGCAGAUGGCGUCGCAGCGCACGCAGGUGCAGCGGCAGCAGGCGCUCGCGCUCAUGUGCAGGGUAUACGUCGGGUCGAUCUCGUUCGAGCUGAAGGAGGACACGAUCCGGCAAGCGUUCCUGCCGUUCGGGCCCAUCAAGAGCAUCAACAUGUCCUGGGACCCGGUCACGCAGAAGCACAAGGGCUUCGCCUUCGUGGAGUACGAGAUCCCGGAGGCGGCGCAGCUCAGUCUGGAGCAGAUGAACGGCGUCAUGCUCGGCGGCAGGAACAUCAAGGUGGUGGGGCGGCCCAGCAACAUGCCGCAGGCGCAGGCCGUCAUCGACGAGAUCCAGGAGGAGGCCAAGCAGUACAACAGGAUUUACGUCGCCUCCAUACACCCCGAGCUCACCGAGGAUGAUAUCAAGAACGUGUUCGAGGCGUUCGGGCCCAUCACGUACUGCAAGCUGGCGUACGGCGCGUCCGCGCACAAGCACAAGGGCUACGGCUUCAUCGAGUAUGUGACGCUGCCGGCCGCGCUCGAGGCCAUCGCCUCCAUGAACCUCUUCGACCUGGGCGGCCAGUACCUCAGAGUGGGGCGCGCCAUCACGCCGCCCAACGCGCUGGCGGGCCCGCCGCAGACCUCGGCCAUGCCCACCGCCGCCGCCGUCGCCGCCGCCGCCGCCACCGCCAAGAUACAGGCCAUGGACGCGGUGGCCAGCAACGCGGUGGCGCUGGGACUCAGCAAGCUGAGCGCGCUGGGAGUGCCGGCGGCCGCCGCGCUGCCGUCGCUCGCGGCCGCGCUGCCUGCGCAUGCGCACUCGCAGGGCCUCCCGACUACGUUGCCGCUGGCGGGAGCUCUGCCCUCGCUGACGUCCCUCCCCGGCGUGGGUCAACUCCCGGGUGUGAGCCAACUACCGGGCGUGGGUCAGCUCCCGGGCGUGGGUCAGCCGGCCGUGCCGCUGGUGCUGCCGCCACCCACCGUCGUCAUCCCGCCCACUUCCACCGUCAGACCCAUCAUGUCCAUGCCCACGUCGCCGCCGGCGGAGGGCGGACAGCAGGCGGCGCUGCAGCGCAAGCUGCUGGACUCGUCGCCCGACACGCUGCAGCAGCAGGAGUCGCUGUCGAUCUCGGGGCAGUCGGCGCGGCACCUGGUGAUGCAGCGGCUGCUGCGGCGCCGCGCGUCGCGCGUGCUGCUGCUGCGGGACAUGGUCAGCGCCGCCGACGUCGACGACGCGCUGCACCUCGAGAUCCAGGACGAGUGCGGCAAGUGGGGCGCCGUGCAGCGCCUCGUCAUCUACAACGAGACGCAGAACGAGGGCGACGACCCUGCGCACGCGCAGGUCAAGAUCUUCGUGCAGUUCGCCGAGCCCGAAGAGUUGUGCGCAGAGGCGGCGGCGGCGGCGCGCGCGCUGCACGGCCGCUACUUCGGCGGCCGCACCGUGCGCGCCGCGCUCUACGACCAGGAUCUCUUCGACCACGGCGACCUCUCCGGGUAGACUCCGCCUCGCUAGCUCUAAGGAUAAUCUUAUUGUAAUGUUGCUAUUAAAUUAAUUCUCCUUUUUCA